CCAACCAGGGGCUUAUCCUGCGCAUCCCCAUCGCCGACCCCGACUUUAGGGAUUCGUAAAUCUCUAUCGCCUCUGCCUUCCUUUUUGUCUCCCUGCCCGGCCCAGUGAUCCCAUCUUCCUCAUUCCUAUUUUUGGCUUUCGCGUGUAGUAAGUAGUAGAAGACCACCGCAGAGCGCCGGAUCCGAGGAGUUGAAAGCGGAGCGGACCACAGUAGCAAGUCGAUCACAGUAGUUGUCGUCUCCUCCGCGUUAUCCAAUUCAUCCGUCUGAUGGGAUUCCUCGGAUUCAUCGACCUCACUGUCGAAUUCUCUGGGUUUAUCUUUGUUUAAUUGCAAAUUGAUGAUUUGAGAUUGCUAUGUUGUCCGAUCUGGAAGAAUCAUGAGCUGUUUCAGCUGUUGUGAUGAUGAUGAUGUCAAUAGACCUACUGAUGCGGGAGGCUCAUACAUGGCAAAAAGUUCAGCUGGAAACACUGGAGGUUAUCAUGUCACAGAGGCUGCAUCAAAGGGUGCUCAAGCUGUGAAAGUCCAACCUAUUGCUGUGCCUGCCAUAUCUCUAGAUGAACUGAAGGAAGUUACAGAGAACUUUGGGACUAAUUCAUUAAUUGGGGAGGGCUCCUAUGGGAGAGUGUAUUAUGGAGUUCUAAAAAAUGAGAGGGCUGCUGCUAUUAAAAAGUUGGACUCCAGCAAGCAACCAGAUGAUGAAUUUUUAGCGCAGGUUUCUAUGGUUUCAAGGCUGAAACAUGAAAAUUUUGUUGAAUUACUCGGUUAUUGUGUUGAUGGGAACCAACGUGUGCUUGCUUAUGAAUUUGCAUCUAAUGGAUCUCUACAUGAUAUUCUCCAUGGAAGGAAAGGAGUUAAAGGAGCACAACCAGGUCCUGUUCUUUCAUGGGCACAGCGAGUUAAAAUUGCUGUGGGGGCUGCCAAAGGGCUUGAAUACUUGCAUGAAAAGGCUGAUCCGCACAUCAUCCAUCGAGACAUCAAAUCAAGCAAUGUUCUACUUUUUGAUGAUGAUGUAGCUAAAAUUGCUGAUUUCGAUUUAUCAAAUCAGGCACCUGACAUGGCAGCUCGUCUUCAUUCUACUCGUGUUCUUGGAACGUUUGGUUAUCAUGCUCCUGAAUAUGCAAUGACUGGACAGCUUAAUGCAAAAAGCGAUGUAUACAGCUUUGGUGUUGUCCUUCUGGAGCUCCUAACUGGGCGCAAACCCGUGGAUCAUACAUUACCACGUGGACAGCAGAGUCUAGUGACAUGGGCUACACCAAAACUUAGUGAGGACAAAGUCAGGCAAUGUGUUGAUGCAAGACUUGGGGGAGAUUACCCUCCAAAAGCAGUUGCAAAGAUGGCUGCUGUUGCUGCAUUGUGUGUACAGUAUGAGGCUGAUUUCCGGCCAAACAUGAGCAUUGUGGUGAAGGCCCUGCAGCCGCUUCUACACACUAGGCCAGGACCUUCUGGUGAGCCUGGCCAAACCUGAGCACCUUUUUGGUUCACUUCUUUCUUGCUGGUGAAGGACCUUGCUCUUGCAUGAGCACAACUAGGGAACUGUUUUAGACAACAUAGCAGCUUCUGUAGAUGGUGAUUGGUGUGCACUCCUCCUAUGUUUCCAUUAUUUAGAUUUUAUAUAUAUAUAUAUAUAUAAUUUUUUUAUAACGUUUUGAGGCUGUAUUUCCUGUAUAUCCGUUUUACAUUGGAUAUUUAUUGCUUGUUGCGAUGGAUUGUGAAGAGAAAACCAUCAAUGCUGCAGUGAUUCGGGGCAUGGUUUAUUUUA